AUGAACACCUCCUCCUGCUGUGCUCCUCCGGUCAUCAUGUAUCAGCAGAACGCCAGAUUUGACCUCAAUGCCAGCUGUGACUGGCUGGCUCCCCACUGUAACUGGACAUCAACGGACGGAGCGCUGCAGCUGCCUACCUUUUCCACAGCAGCCAAAGUCAGAGUGAUCAUUACCUUUAUCCUGUGUGGCAUUUCCACUUUCUGCAAUUUGGCUGUGCUGUGGGCCGCCAACGGCCACAAGCGCAAAUCCCACGUCAGAGUGCUGAUAAUCAACUUGACUGCAGCCGAUCUCUUGGUUACCUUCAUCGUGAUGCCCGUGGAUGCUGUGUGGAACAUCACAGUGCAGUGGCUGGCUGGCGACUUGGCCUGCAGAUUCUUGAUGUUCCUCAAACUACAGGCCAUGUACUCCUGUGCCUUUGUCACAGUGGUGAUUAGUCUGGACAGACAGUCAGCUAUCCUCAACCCUCUGGCCAUUAGCAUGGCCCGGAGAAGGAACAGGGUCAUGCUGAUGGUGGCGUGGACUAUGAGCGCCUUGUUCUCAGUCCCUCAGUUGUUCAUUUUCCACAAUGUGACCAUCACGUAUCCAGCCAACUUCACACAGUGCACCACAAGGGGGAGCUUUGUCACUCACUGGCAGGAAACUGCCUACAACAUGUUUACCUUUUGCUGCCUCUUCCUGCUGCCACUGGUCAUAAUGAUUGUCUGCUACACCAGGAUCUUCAUCCAGAUCUCAAAGCGGAUGACAAAGAAAAGCUUGUCCUCCAAUGAGCCACAUCUACGUUGUUCAAAGAACAACAUCCCCAAAGCACGAAUGAGAACUCUGAAAAUGAGCAUCGUUAUAGUGAUAUGCUUCAUAGUCUGCUGGACUCCAUACUACCUGCUGGGUUUGUGGUACUGGUUCUUCCCAGAUGACCUGGAGGGGAAAGUCUCUCACUCCCUUACCCACAUCCUGUUCAUCUUUGGUCUUUUCAACGCCUGCCUGGACCCCAUCAUCUACGGUCUGUUCACCAUACGCUUCCGCAAGGGAAUGAGAAGCUGCAACCGCAAAGCCACAGUGCUGUCAGACAAGGAAAGUAACACAGUGAUAACCGAGUCCUUGAAAUGUACUGCUGCUGCCUUGCCCUCUAAAAGAGGAAUGACCACUGGUGGAAAUGACAGCAACUGUGAACAGGCUGAGCCAAAAUCCACUGACGACAGGUGUCUGACUGUGCUCAGUCAAGCAGAAGGAGGACAACCGGGCUACUUCAGCACUGAGAGCACAAUGUGA